GAAUGAAGGAAGACAAAGGAGCGUAGUAUGUGUAUUACAAUCUGGUGACUUCAUUUCACAAAUACAGGAAAGCAUUUGGUGACAACAUAGAAGUAUUAAUUGAUCUAAUUAUCAACUAGUUUGCUUAACUCAAAUAAAUAGACAAAUAGGUCAAUAAAAAUGAGAUCACUGUUGUUAUGAGAUUCUUGCCGGCAAAUUUUAAUAGUGAAAAGUUGGAAGCCCUACAAAACAUCAGAAGUGAGGAGCUGUUCACAUGUAUUGAUUAAUAUUUAUAUGUGUAGAUUAGGGAUUGAAGUAUGGAAUUUUCAAGACCUCUGAUUAUGAGAUUGCUGGAAACAUUAAGAAGAAAAUAAUAAGGUAUUAAUUAGGAUUUAUAUAAUAAUAAGUUAUUUCUAAAACAAAAAAUAUAAUGAUCUUCACAUAACAAUAAAGGCUAAAAAGAAAUCUACUAAGGAGAAGGUCAAGGUGUUUUUAGAAGAAGAAUAAUACAACCCAAGAUCCCAAUUAGAGUAAAAGAUCGGAAUGCCUUUAAGUCCACUCAAAGUUCCUCCUCUGGUAGUGAAAGAGAUUGAAUAACCAAAACCCAAACCUACUGUAGUGUAACCCACAAUUUGUGCUAUGUAUUACUAUUCUAGAUUUGUAGAUAAAUUACUGUCCCAUAGAUUCAAGCAAGUUAGAUAAAACCAGUUGAACUUAAACCUACCAUCAUAGAAUAAAGUGAUCAGAAAGUGAUAGUGAGGGCUGUUUAAUUAAAACCAGUCACAUUAACAGUUGACAGAGAGAGAAGCUCAAGGAAAAAAUGA